AUGAGCUUGCAGAUGGCCGGGUCAGCUUCAUGGCCUCUUGUCGGGGUCCUCGUGGCCGUGUUAUUCAUCUGGCGACGGGGUCAGCCCUCCACUCUGAAGCAUAUCCCAACGGUGAGGUACAAUCGUUACCUCCCUGACUUGAUCAACAGAGUCAUGUACUAUCCAAAGGCCGCUUCGAUGAUCAAAAUGGGCUAUGACAAGUUCAAGGAGACCCCAUUUCGCAUGCUCACAGCCGACGGAGAAGUCAUUGUCCUGCCUAUCAAAUAUCAAGAAGAGUUGAGGAAAUUGGGUCCGUUGAAACUCAGUUCUCUACAUGCACAAUACGAAAAUGCGCUGGGCCAAUACACCAACAUCAUCAUCGAUAGUUACAUACCAGCAACAACCGUUCGGAAGAAGUUGACUCCAGCUCUAGCCCGCAUCGUGCCUCAUGUUAUCGACGAACUACGCGACGCUUUCAAUGCAGUCCUCCCCGACUGCGAAGACACAUGGUUCAAAAUCGAUCCAAACGAACUCUUCACCCGCCUGAUUGCCCUAGCCACCUCACGCGUAAUGGCGGGCGAAGUCCUCCGCCGCAACGAAGAAUGGCUCAAUCUCGCAAGCAGCUAUCCAAGAAACGUCGGGUUAGCCGUGAUCCUCCUGCGCCCCUUCCCAGCUUGGCUCCGACCCCUGGUAGCGAUCUUCCUACCACCAGUUCGUCAAAUGAAACAGCAACUACGCUUCGCAAAGGAUCUGUUUGUGCCUAUGAUUCACGAACGCAAACAAGCAGCGACGGAUCCGGCUUAUACAAGCCCAGAUGACUUUUUGCAGUGGAUGAUAGAUCUAGGUGAUGAAAAAGGCGAAACACUUGAUCCAGAGAUCUUGGCACAUCAUAUGCUCCUCCUCGUCACGCUGGCUGUUGUCCAUACCAGCUCUAUGGCUUUGCAUCAUAUUCUUCACGAUUUAAUUGCUAUGCCGGAGUACUUGGAGCCGUUGCGCGAGGAAAUCAAGAGGACUCUGCCGGAUGGUUGGUACAAGGGGACCAAGACUGCGCUGUCGGAGCAGCAUCGGUUAGACAGCUUUAUGCGAGAGUCGCAGCGGCUCAAUCCGCCUGGUGAAUUGUCCGUCCAUCGCAUCGUUCGAGAAGAGAUUCUCCUCCACGACGGUCUUGUGCUACCCGUUGGGACACAUGUUUGUUUUGCUGCUGGUCCAAUCAGCAAGGAUAUCAAUUUUCUUCCAGACCACCCAGAAGCCUUUGACGGAUUCCGAUGGUGUCGAGAGUCACAGGACCGUUACGCAUUGUCUCCUGAGUUGGCUGCGUCCCAUACUGUUUCGAACGGCGACGAAAAAGAGAAGAAAGCUACCGAGAAUAUGUUGGCUACCCCUGCCAGUUUCGUUACAAUCAGUCCGACGAACAUGCAUUUCGGAUUUGGGGUCCAGGCUUGUCCCGGACGAUUCUUCGCGGCGAAUACACUGAAGGCCAUUCUGAGUCGUAUUAUUCUCGACUUUGACUUCAAGGUGGCUGGAAAUGGGAGACCCGCGAACAUUCAUGUUGGAGAGCAUAUCUUGCCGAGUAUCAAUUCGCAGGUGCUGUUUCGAAAGAGGGCCAUCGACAUUUAG